GGGUUUGAUUGGCACGGUGUUCUCUGGUAGUCUGCUGCGGGACCAGGACAGACAGCUGAGGGGGGUCUGAAUGUCCAACCGGGACGGUGUGCGUGCGUGUGGAGUGGUGCGAACCGAUUCACAGGUCUUCACAGUUGACUGAUGAAUAGCCAAUAGGACUUGGGUUGGGCGACACCGACUGACACAGAGAGACAGCCGUGCCAGACAAGAGGAUUGGAGGACAGACGACAUAGUUGCAGAACUGCUGGUGGUUGUCUAGUGGUUAUAGCCUUAGCGUACUUGUGGCAGUAGGCAGCGAGAAGGAGGGCUUGGCGAUGGUCACGGCUAUGGAGGAUGCCUGUCCCAAUGGGGUGCGGGAGGAGAAGGAGGAGGAGGUGACGGCCCUGAGACAUCCUGGCGUGGAAGUGCCCCCGGCCGAGCGGUCCACCCAGGCAGCAGAAACGUCUGGAGCCAUGCAGCAGGUGUUGGAUAACGUGGGUGAGCUGCCCACCUCCGCGGGUGCCAAGGACAUCGACCUGCUCUUCCUGCGAGGCAUCAUGGAAAGUCCUAUUGCUCACGAGCAGCUGGAGGAAGUGAAGCUGGAGGCGGUGCAGGACAACAAUGUGGAGCUGGUGACGGACAUCAUCGGAGACAUCAACAACCUCAAGGUUAAAGAUGACAGCGCGGCCGAACUGUCCAAGAUCCUGAAGGAGCCACACUUCCAGUCUCUUUUGGAGGCACAUGACAUGGUGGCCUCAAAAUGCUAUGAAGUCCCGCCCCCGGCUGAGAUGGCCAAUGACGCAGCGGUGAACAGCGCUCUGAUGCAGGCCGACGCUGUGCGCAUGAUUGGCAUCCGAAAGAAGGCCGGCGAGCCACUGGGAGUGACGUUUCGUGUGGAGAAAGACGACCUGGUCAUUGCCAGAAUCCUGCACGGUGGCAUGAUCGACCGGCAGGGCCUGCUCCACGUGGGCGACAUCAUUAAGGAGGUGAACGGGAAGGACGUGGGCAACAACCCCACUGAGCUGCAGGAGAUGCUCAAAGACUGCAGCGGAGGCAUCACGCUGAAAAUCCUCCCGAGCUACCGGGACGCUCCUGCUCCUCCACAGGUGGCAGAUGUUGGGCAAUGGUACAGGGCUGGUGAUGUGUUCUACGGCCCUCCCACAAUCCCCUGUGCAGGAAUGUGA